AUGCUACCCCGAGAAGAGUAUACUUCCCUGACAGCCGAUUUAGCUUGGCAUACCAAUAUUGUGGCCACUCGAACUGGGGAGCGGUCUCCUAAAGAGAAUAAGGAGCUUUACGACCUUGCUCUUCGAGGCUUGCAAUAUCUUUCUGGCUGGUCAGUGCAUGUUCUAGAUGCAUUCACCUGGCGCCUUUCCCAUCUCGCUGACGAGCAUUCAAACCCUAAAUGCCCCAAAGAUGCUGAGGAUUAUGAAAAAGCUACUCGUUACAACUACAGCGCCGAAGAGCGGUUUGCCCUAAUUGAGAUUGUUGCCAUGAUUAAAUCGGUACAGACACAGCUGCUCCGCCUUGAGCCCAACUACGCAGAAGCGAUCCGUCGAUCUGUUUAUCGAGACUUGCAGGGCAUAGUGCUUGGUCAGCUCAGCGGGCCCUUGGCCAAAGCUCUGAAGAAAAAAGAUAAAAUCAACUUGCAGCGCCUGAUAUAUGCUAUACAAGCCACUUGUGCAGAUCAGGUAAGCUCUUGUAAAGUUUUAUUUCCUCCUUCCAUGAUCAUAUGA